UAGAGGUUUCUCAUCAGCACCAUCGCGCCCAUCCACCUGCCGCUCGCCCCCCCAGCUCCUUCGGGUUUGGAAGAACAACUCCAGACAUAUUUCAAACAUGGCCAGCAGCUUCUCCAGAAUCCUCUCCUCCAAACGCAACAUCGGGAUCUUGUCGGUGGUCGGAGGCUCGCUAACGGCGGGCUUUCUUCUGCUGCACCGGCAGCACAUCAGCGCCGGUGCCCCGGUCCGUAGGCUGUACCCCGCCAGCUCUGAGUACCCUGACCUGCGCAAACACAACAACUGCAUGGCCAGCCACCUGACGCCCGCCAUCUAUGCCAAGCUGUGCGAUAAGGCCACGCCCAAUGGAUACACGCUGGACCAGGCCAUCCAGACUGGGGUGGACAACCCCGGGCACCCCUUCAUCAAGACGGUCGGCAUGGUGGCGGGAGACGAGGAAUCCUACGAGGUGUUUGCAGAACUGCUCGAUCCGGUCAUUAGAGAGCGGCACAACGGCUACGAUCCUCAAACCAUGAAACAUCCCACUGACCUUGAUGCUAGCAAGAUCCACUCGGGCCAGUUUGACGAGCGCUAUGUGCUGUCAUCAAGGGUGAGGACAGGCCGCAGCAUCCGGGGGCUCAGCCUGCCCCCCGCCUGCACCCGGGCGGAGCGUAGGGAGGUGGAGCGUGUGGUGGUGGACGCCCUCGCCGGUCUCAAGGGCAAUCUGGACGGGAAGUACUACAGUCUGACCCAGAUGACGGACCAGGAGCAGCAGCAACUUAUUGAUGACCACUUCCUCUUUGACAAGCCUGUCUCCCCCCUGCUGACGUGUGCGGGAAUGGCGCGUGACUGGCCCGACGCCCGUGGAAUUUGGCACAACAAUGAGAAGACUUUCCUUAUUUGGAUCAAUGAGGAGGAUCACACCAGGGUCAUCUCCAUGGAGAAGGGAGGCAACAUGAAGAGAGUGUUUGAGAGGUUCUGCACAGGUCUCAAAGAGGUGGAGCGCCUGAUCCAGGAGCGAGGCUGGGAGUUCAUGUGGAACGAGAGGCUGGGCUACGUCCUCACCUGCCCUUCCAACCUGGGCACCGGCCUGCGGGCGGGGGUCCACGUCAAGCUGCCCCUGCUGAGCAAGGAUCCUCGCUUCAGCAAGAUCCUGGACAACCUGCGUCUGCAGAAGAGAGGCACGGGCGGUGUGGACACCGCUGCCGUGGGCGGAACUUUUGACAUCUCCAACCUGGACCGCCUUGGACAUUCAGAGGUGCAGUUGGUGCAGACGGUGGUGGACGGCGUCAACUACCUGGUGGAGUGUGAGAAAAAACUGGAGAAAGGCCAGGACAUCAAGGUGCCCCCGCCCAUCAAGCAGUUCAAGUAGACCCUGACACCGCCACCCGACCCCCACCUCCCGAGCACACACACAUGCACACACCCCCAACCUGUGCCCAUAGAUAUGUAAAUAUCUAUGCCAGUCUUCCAUCUAUUAUCUCUCCUGUAUCUUCCCUCAACACCUCAUAAGCAACUUAUGUAAUCCUCCUGACACUCCAGAGUCUCAAAACCCUUCAGUGGGAUUUGUUCAAAUGCAGAAAUCUAAGCUGUCACUUAACCCUUUCAUGCAACGAGGCAUCAGUUAGCUCAGUGAACGCUAUUGUCCACUAAAAAACAAAAACAAUAUGGCUGACAAAUGUACAGAAGUGCAUCAAACAACAACUAUAGUAUAGGAAGUCAUAUAAUUAACAUUUCCAAGAUUGAAUUUGCGAUUUGUGGAAAGUGUGGCUGUAUUUUGACUGCCAUUUAGAGUAUUGCUGCGACUUUGCUGUAUAUGAAAACACUUACCUUAAAAUCAAUGAAUUUAUGUUUUGUUCUCAUUGAUUGUUGUAGCGACACAGUGCGCUAAACAGUGUUGAAGCUGAGCGUCCAUUGGGAGCAUAGAGUGGGUUGUUACACUGCAGAAAACCUUGACAGCCAUUGGCUUUGUCCCGCCCACCGGACGGCAAGCGUGUCUGGAAGUGUAUGGAAAGUGGGCUUGGCAAAAAAGUGCAAAACAGAAACUCAAGAUGGCCAAGGGUUGUGCAGAAGUGCAUAAAACCGCAACUACAGAAUAAGAAGUCAAAAAAUGUAUGUUUCUGAGUAUUGAUUUUGUGAAUUGAGGAAAGUGUCAUUUAAUGGAAUGUUACUUUUUACUAGAACGUAGAAAUAUUUUGUUAAUGUUACUGGUGUCAUAUUUUAAAUAAGUUACUUUUGUCGUCAGGACGCUCAAUGUUUUGACAAUAGAUUCAACAGUAAUAAGUGCUGGACACGUUGUUUAAGAUAUUUACACAAAAAAAAUAUUUUACCCAUGUUGUCCAACCUUGUGGACAUUGCAUUAACUCCUUAAAAAUCUGAACUUAUUUUUAUUUUCUUGCCAAGAAGCUAUUAAAAACAUUUGGAGCCCUGAAGUAGGUUCUCAUAAUUCAUGCCUGAAGGGGUUAUACAAGUUGCACGUUAUGAAAGAAGUCAACAAAAAUGGCUGCUGCUUUGUCUCCAAACAAGCACCUUGUUGUCCCACUGAAUCCAAACACAGGUUUGACUCUGGCUCCGCCCCUUCCCACACUGCAUGCCCUGUAUUGAGCUCCGCCCCUUCACCCCUUUGUCAGUUCCUUAAAGUCAUGACAUGGUGCUUGUGCUACUCACCGCUGUAAUGUAGGCGCUUGGUUGGUGGUUGGGGUGGGGGGGAUAUCAUAACAGCUCAUCAUUGAAUGUCUUUUAUUAAACAAAGCAUCUAUUUAACAGAAA